CACAGCUUACGCUGGCUUUGGCAAGUUUACGGGGUGGCUCGGCCAUCGUGGCGAUGCCAUUCAUCGACGAAGACCUGCUAUGGUGUCCGGACAGUGAUGGCCAACGGCUGGUUGAUCUGCAGGCCUGUCUUCAGGAAACCAACGUAAUAAACCACCAAACGGACGCCACCGGAAAUGGCUGUGAUUUGAACAAUCUUGAAGAAUCGCUCUGCAACGACUCGGACGAGCUGCUGCGCCAGCUGUCCGAGAACACCUUCGAGCUCGAGCAGUUUUUUCAAGAUUUUCCCGCAACCGAGAUUAAAGUUGAGGAAAACAACAAUGACCUCCAGCUGGACGAGGAAACGAGUGGUCAGAUCUUCCUGCAGAGCUGCACCCAGCUGCUGUCCUCGGCGGCGGCCGUUGCUGUCGCCAACUCGCAGCUCAAUGCCCUCGCCGCCGGGGACUGCGGUCUGGGUGGCAUCGGCAGCGUGGAUGGGCCCGCUGGUGGCCUCCUCAUGGGCGGUGGUGGAGGAGGAGGCGGCGCCAACAGUGCCGAAAGUCAGCUCCAAGAGCAGCUGCUUUUGGUGCAGGCCCAGGGCAUUCUGCAGCAGCAGCAGAACCGCUUCCAGCAGCUGGCCACCAACACGCUGCUGGCGGAGAAGCUGCUGCAGAACCAAACCACGCUGACCGCGCUCGACGGCAGUGGGACCACGGUCAUGACGACGGAAGUGCACGGGAACGGACGCGCCGGAAAGCCGCCCGACAUUGUGAUAAAAGGUAAGCCGAAAAGCCAUUCGACCAACAUUGGCACAAAUCCCACGUGGAGAUUCCACCUGUCAACGAGCAUCGAGUAGUACCUAGCACAUCUUCCAAGGAAACCGUUCUAAUCCUCUCUUCAGACGACGCCCUCCCUCACCUUGUUGCCAGGGAGGUGGCCCAACGAAGCCGAGAGGAAAUAAAUAAUUAAUGAUCCUAAUUUCCUAAUGAAACGUCUCGAAUUUAAAGCGUUUUCGUUAUCAUCGCAGCAACCGCCGCACGAGAGACUAAUCAUCUGCUGUCAGCGUUUGUUUGCAGUGUCUCGCCGGUUGCAGCAUAUUUGGCGCUUUGUUUGUUUGUUCCGGCGC